AUGUCCCGUCGUGCCCCGGGAGAGCCGCGCCCACGCUUCCCACAAUGCCGCGGGCCCCAGGCCGCCCCUGCUGAUUGGUCCUUUCCAGCCGAGAGGAGGGCGGGGCUGGCGCUAGGCGCGCUGAUUGGUGGCCGCUCCCGGAAGGGCGGUGGCGGCGGGGAGGGAGGCUGGGCCCCGGCCGCGUCCUGGGGCCUUUCCGGGGCAGCGCCGGCCACAGCGACAGACCAGGUGGUUGGAUUCGGCUUGGUCGCCUUCAGCCUCGUUCUCUUUGUCUACUACACCCUCUGGAUCAUCAUACUGCCCUUCAUCGACAGCGACCAUGGGAUCCACCGGUACUUCUUGCCUAGGGAGUACGCCGUUAUCAUCCCCGUGGUGGCCGGCCUGCUGCUGCUGCUAUUUAUAGGCAUUUUCAUAAUGGCCGUGAUGUGGAAGAACAGGAAACCUGCCAAGAAAUCGGACUGA